CUAUGCUAGGAGCGCGUUUGUCAACAAAACACGUGGUUGCAUCGCUGUGGCUGGUGCAGGCUGGUGUGAUGUGCGCUUAUCGAACGUCGCUGAGUUUUUACGUCGAGCUGGACUAUUUAUUGCACAUAUAAGUAUUUAGGUGAUCACCAUGAGCGCCGACCGAGUCUUCAGAUUGCUGCUGGCAGCUACUUUGCUCGGAGUUUGCUUUGCUCAAGACACAAGAGAAAAUGUGCUACCUCCACAUGUGCAGCAAUAUCGGAAGAUGUUCAAGAUGCGUCGCGCCGAGCGCCUUGAAGCCGUGAAGAGUAUAUUGAAGCUAGACAAUUUUGAAAAGCAAGCCAAACUAGUCAACAUUGUAUUAGACAAAAUUAAUGAGGUACUUACGACAUCGAAGCUGAAACUUGAAAGUUCGGACUACAUUCCGGGCGGCGCCUUCCCGGAGGACGAAAGUACAAGAGACGCUCUGUCGCAAGUUUUGGAAAACACAGCUUUCUUUGGAGAAAUAAUCCUGCGGCUCCCAAACAUUGCUCAUGCUGUGUUGAACAUGAACAAGGCCGGCGCCAUGGUACUCAACUGGGCCAUUGGAUUCGCGAACUCCACUGAACUCUAUGAUGAAACCACAACCAAACUGAUCAACCUGGUUGCUCAGGAACUGGGUUUGGUUGAGAGAGACCCCAAUUAUCACAACCCAUAUGCAGUAAAGCAAGCAAAAGCUGCAUCACCAGUGCCAGCAGUCGAGCCAGUGCCGAAGCCCAAGAAGAAGAAGAAGAUCCAGCGUGGCCCAAGGCUAAGCCGAGCAGAACUGUGAUUCAUGCUUGCCCAGUGUGGUGAGCAGCCUGCCUGAGCAUCGCUAGUCCUGUGCAUCGUCUCUUCGUGUUUGUGAUAUUUUGUUACAUUGACUGCCACCCAUCUCUUCAUUCAUUGCUCAGACAGUGAUAAAACCGACUUUUUUGCAAGUGCAGAUUGCCUCUUGUUCGCCCAGUACAACACAACUGUGUUACCCUACUAUAGCAGUGCAAAACUACGGAGCCUUUUCAGAAUUGUCGCUCUGUGUCUUGUUUUGGAGCAGUGCAAGAAGGCUCUCGCUUGGACAUCUGCUAGCAGUGCUUAUUUCUUUGUGGCCCCUGCCACGUGUAAUUUGACACCACUAGUGUACUUCUAUGGAGUCCACUGCAUAGCUUCUUGUGGCAUAUUGACAUCAUCAAUCCAGCCAAAGGAUGGAGGGAAAUACAAGCACACAAGCCAUCCACCGAGCAAAGUUGUAUUAUGUUUUCUGCAUGUGCCGGUCCAAUACAGGGCUGAAAUAUUCGUGACAUUAACAUUAAAACAGCUGAACUGGCUUGCUUACA